AUGACUGUCGAUGAAACGCUGAUGUGUUCUUUCCAGGUAUGUAAAUUACCCAUAGUCAAUAGGUUGGCACAUAAGUUUUGCAACUUAUUUCGUAACUUUCCCUUUUGAUU